AUGCUUUCCACCGCCAGAUCAAAAGCUGUAUUGCAGCUCCCCCGGGUUGCCUCAGCGUCGGCGAGACGAACCUAUGCUUUCUCUGCAAAUGACAAGCAGGAAAUCAGCUCCCCCAACUCCUCCAAGCCAGUCCCGAAUGUCUCGAAGACCAACGAGGUCCCAAUCAAGACACCCCAUAGAGAAGCACUUCUCUCGGAGAACACCGCAGAUGCUGAGAAAUCAAGAGCUCAACAGGCACCGAACAGAGCUGCUGUGUGGUCGCGCAGUCAGAACCCAAGGGCUAAUGCUAUGUCGGGGCCUAGAUUCGAGGCGACAAUCAUGGAAAUGCAGCCUGCUCCUCAAGCUGCCAUUGACUUGAUCCACAAGCAGCCUGUUCGCUGGACACACGAUAGAAUGGUAUCCUGUGAUGGAGGUGGUGGACCACUGGGACAUCCAAGAAUCUUCAUCAAUACCGACAAGCCCCAGAUUGCCAUGUGCACAUACUGUGGUCUCCCAUUUGCAAACGAACACCACAGAGCUCAUCUCGAGUCCCUUCCAGAAACCGCCUACCCCCUUGCACCCCAAGGUACUGCUGCAGAGAUCAAUGAGUCGCAGCGGAUUACAAAUGAGGCACUUGGACAAAGAUAG